AAUAGCUUAAAUAUCAGCUUGAUUGCUAGGAUGAGAUCAAGGAAUGUUCACUAAAAAGAAAGGUGUUCUGAGGCAAAAGUCACUGCUUGGGAAAUUGAGCCAAAAUUGGCUUUAGAUUGGCCAUGGGUUUCUGCAGCACCACCUCUGUAUCAUCAUUCUAUUUAAACCCUACUGGCCAAAGGACUCUCUAGUAGCUCCUUUGUGUUCCCUCUCUCUCUCUCUCUCUCUCUCUCUUUCACUCACAUCACUGUCUCUCCCUUCCUUUGUGAGCUCCAAAAUUGUGGAGUUGUUUGGUGACACAUUGCUUAGAUACUCCCCAGGAAGCUUAACUUGCUACACAAAAAUGAUGUGAGAGAGUGAGAUUGAUAGAGAAAGUGUGGAUCUUUGAGAAGCUUCAUUGGCUAUAAAUAUUUGCUUGUGUCCAUUCUCUUCCUUGUGUUCUUUAAUUUGUGUUCAUUUGAUCCCAAUCUCUCUCUCUCUCUCUUUAGACUAGUUGCAGAAAAUGAGGAUCUUAAAUUGGGUGCAGAACAAGUUCAAUGGAAGAGAAGAAAAGAAAAGAUCAAAUGAAUUUUCGAGUUCCGCUAGCCAUAAUCCCAUCAAAGAUGUUCGCAACGAAGAGAUCGACAAUUGGCCUCGAUCUUUGCUAUCCAUUGGGACCUUUGGAAACAAGGACUUGAAUGACGCGCCACAUGAUGAAUCAUUAGAAGAUCGGCGAGCAUCUCAAGAUGUACUGGAUUUCACUCUAGAAGAAGCAAAAAAAUUGCAAGAAGAACUAGCAAAACUCUUGCGUCGCAGGUCGAAAUCGAGCUUUCGUAGAUCCUCGAGCGGAGAAGAUGAGAGGGCCAACCUUCCAUUGGAUAGGUUUCUAAACUGUCCAUCUAGCUUAGAGGUCAAUAGGACCGUCGGAAAUAAAAACACCGACAAUUCGGAUUACAACGAGAUAAAUGGCGAUCUCUCGCCGAAUACGAAGAUCAUCUUGUGCAAGGCGAGGGAUCUUCUCGCGAGUAAGCGCGACGCGAUUAAGCAAAGAUCUCUCACAUUUCUUCUUAAGAAGAUGUUUGUUUGUAGAGGUGGCUUCGCGCCCGCUCCGAGCUUCAAGGAUCCCUUGAUGGAAUCCAAGACAGAAAAGAUUCUAAGGACAAUAAUUCACAAGAAAAUGUUUUCUCAAAGCGCGUCUCCUUCGACAACGACGAAGAGGUGCUUGGAGAAUAAACCUACGGAACGAACACGAAAAUGCGACAGGGAGGAAGAGGAGAGAGGCGAGGGCGGGUGUAAAUGGGUCAAGACUGAUGCAGAUUAUAUUGUUUUGGAGAUGUAAACUAUACAUUGCAUUGAGAUAUCAAAUGGCACGUCGAACUGGCAAAGUUUGUGUUUUUUCCGGUCAUCGUACACCCUAGAGCAAUCGCGCACGAAGGGUAAAGCUUCAUUGAUGAUUGAACAAAGCAAUCGAUCCGAUCGACAACGAAUCCAAGCCGCACGUACUUGCUGCACGAAGUCGAGCUUACAAAUAUAUCUUGUGCUCCAACGUGUGCAAUCGAUCGCCAAUUAUAGUUUUAAUUUAUAUGAGUUAACACCUUUUUUGAUCAAAUGCAAUGUAUCAUUCUACAACUAUUGAUAACUUUCCAUGUCAUAUAGAGUGACAAUAAAACUUGUUUGGCUCU